UCAAUCUUGCUCUCGUCCAAGCAACAUGGAGUUCUUCAGAUCGCUUCUUCGUGCCGUCGGACUGCUGGAACCGUCCAAGGUAGAUUUUAUUGUCGAGCUACCUCCGGAGGUUUCUCAGCUGAUACUGCGCAAGUUGGACCCUGAGUCUCUGUUGUGCGCCGCGCAAGUUUCACAAAAGUGGAUGACAGUUUGCAGGUCGGACAAGAUUCUCCGAGAUACCGCGAAGAAUUACAAGCGGAGUAUCAGGAGGAAAAUGAUGGGUAAGGUUUUCGGGCUGGACCUGGUUGCGGAAGAGGAGAUGGAAGUAGUACGAAGGAGGCAUGUACAAAGAAAUACACUGCCUCCGAAAGUACAGAAAACGGUGGUGUUUGCCAAGAAACGAGGACCUCGUGGUCUUCCCAAACACUCCAAGGUAAAUCGCUCCUCAAACGCGAAACCAGUUAAAUAUUUUGCAAUUGUCAAACAACCAAAAUCGGAUCCAAAACUGGAACCGGAUCCGGAACCGGAACCGGAACUGGACUUGGGAUUACGAUGGACAUCAGUCACUCAUGACUCAUCCUAUGAUAUAUAA